AUGGCUAGAAGACCAGCUAGAUGUUACAGAUACUGUAAGAACAAGCCUUUCCCAAAGUCUAGAUACAACAGAGGUGUCCCAGACCCAAAGAUUAGAAUUUUUGAUUUAGGUAGAAAGAAGGCUUCUGUUGAUGACUUCCCAUUAUGUGUCCAUUUAGUUUCUAACGAAAUUGAACAAUUGUCAUCUGAAGCUUUAGAAGCUGCACGUAUUUGUGCAAACAAGUACAUCACUACUCAAUCUGGUAGAGAAUCUUUCCACAUGAGAGUCAGAGUCCAUCCAUUCCACGUCUUAAGAAUCAACAAGAUGUUGUCAUGUGCUGGUGCGGAUAGAUUGCAACAAGGUAUGAGAGGUGCUUGGGGUAAGCCACACGGUACUGCUGCUAGAGUUACCAUUGGUCAAGUCUUGAUCUCCAUCAGAACCAAGGACUCCAACAAGGAUGUUGUCAUUGAAGGUUUAAGAAGAGCUAGAUACAAGUUCCCAGGUCAACAAAGAAUCAUCAUCUCUAAGAAGUGGGGUUUCACCAACUUAAACAGAGACGAAUACGUUGCUAAGAGACAAAACAAUGAGGUUAAGGAAGAUGGUGCUUACGUCAAGUUCUUGUCCAAGAAGGGUUCUUUAGAAGAAAACUUCAAGGAAUUCCCACACUACUUCGUUAACUAA